AUGUUGCGGAAGGACGAGGUGGCCGCGAUCCUCUCCGGCGCUGCUUUUGUCUGGUCAGCGUGGAAGUUAUACAACGUCGACAAUGAUCUGUUGCCUCGGUUCCCCUUCAGACUCACCAUCUUGGACGCCAACAGUGUUGAUCCAGUCAUCGGCCGCGACAACGAGAUCGACCGCGUCAUCUGCAUCCUCUGCCGCCGGACCAAGAACUGUGCCGCGCUCGUCGGAGCCGCGGGAGUCGGCAAGACCGCCAUCGUCGAGGGCCUCGCCCGACGCAUCGCCGCCGGGACCGUCCCCGACCUUCUCCUUGGAGCGCGCGUCGCGGUGCUCGAUGUCGGGGCGAUGAUCGCUGGGACCUCGUUGCGCGGCCAGUUCGAGCAGCGCUUGAAGGAGGCUAUCAAGCAGGCCGAGGAUGAAAGCAGUAAACUGAUCCUCUUCAUCGACGAGAUGCACAUGCUUAUUGGCGCAGGCGAUGGAAGUGGCACCGCCGACGCCGCUAACAUCCUCAAGCCGGCGUUGGCCCGAGGCCGCCUCCGUUGCGUCGGUGCUACCACCUCUCAGGAGUAUUACAAGUACAUUGAGCAGGAUGCUGCGCUUGAGCGGCGGUUCCAGAAGGUCGAAGUCGGAGAGCCGAGCAUGCAAACCACCGUUGCCAUCCUGCAGGGGCUGAAGCACAAGUACCAAGAGCACCAUGGCUUGAAAAUCGACGACGAGGCUCUUGUUGCUGCUGUAGAGCUCGCUGCCCGUUAUAUUACUGGUCGCAAAUUCCCUGAUAAAGCAAUUGAUCUCAUGGACGAGGCAUGCACUACGGUAAAGUUGCGUGCCAGCAAACAAAGAGAAACAAACGCGCCUGGGGAGGUACUGGUUGGUCAAGGCCAUGUCACAGAGAUUGUGAGCCGGUGGACUGGAAUUCCUAUCACUACACUUGAUCAAGAGGAGGAAAAACUGACUCAUCUAAUAGAUAGGCUCCAUGAGCGAGUUGUUGGUCAGAAUGAAACGGUUAGUUUGGUUGCACAAGCAGUGCUACGUUCUAGGGUUGGCAUUGAUAAAUCUGGUCAACCAAUAUGUUCUUUCCUCUUUUUGGGCUCGAUUGGUGUUGGAAAGACGGAACUUGCUAAAGCUCUUGCCGAGAAGCUAUUUAACAAUGAGAAAAUGUUAGUUUGUUUUGACAUGUCUGAAUAUGCUGAGAGUGGAUCUUUGUUGCGUCUCAUUGGAGGACCUCGAAGGUUUGACUUCUAUGAAGAAGAGGGACAACUCACCGAGAUAGUCAGGCGCCGGCCAUAUAGUGUUAUCCUUUUUAACGAGAUGGAUAAGGCAAACCCUUCGAUACUCAAGCUUUUUGUUCAACUCCUCAAUGAUGGUAUGUUGGUUGAUGGCAAAGGAAGAGACGUAGAUUUCAAGAAUACAAUCAUUAUUAUGAGUUCAAAUCUAGGAUCAGAGCACCUAUCUGCUGAAGUGGGAGGAGAAAACACAAUGGAAAGUGCACGUGAUUUUCUCAUGAAACAGGUUGAGAAACGUUUCAAGCCUGAUCUUAUGAACAGAUUGAGCGAGAUUGUGAUAUUUGAGCCGCUUUCACACCAUGAACUGAGGGAAAUUUUGAAAAUCCAAAUGAAGAGCAUUGUCGCUAUGAUGGCCAAGAAGCGUAUUUCUCUAUCUGUGGCAGAUGCCGCGUUGGAAGUCAUUUUGUCGGAAUCACACGACAAGGUGAACGGUGCGAGGCCUAUAAAGAUGUGGGUACGAAAGCAUGUGGCGACAAUUCUUUCAAAUAUGUUGGUCAAUGGAGAAGCAUGUAAAGGCUCAACGAUUUCCAUAGAUGCUAGUGACGAUAAGAGGGGGUUGAAGUACCGAGUAUUGAAGAAGCAGGAGAUGGCAGAUCCAUUAGGCCUGCUACAAGUUAUGCUGUAA